AUGGCUGCAAGUGUGACAACAAGCUCCAUUUAUCACAAGCAAGAUCUACUAUUUACUGAAUGGAAGCAGUCUCCCCUCAUUGCAUUGGGAGGGCAAGUCAUCUGUGUUCUUGUCACCUCUCACAUCUUCCAAAUGAUUUUCAAUACUUUUGGCUUGCCUGCAACUUUAGCCAAUAUUUUUGCUGGGUUGCUGCUAGGCCCCACUGCGCUGUCGCGUAUGAAGUAUUUGGAUGUUAUAUUUUCGCCACAGAAUUCCGACAUGUACUUCAAAUCAAUGGCGCUCAUCAACCGCAUCAUCUUCAUGUUUCUGAUCGGCCUGGAGCUCGACAUUUCCUACCUUAAGAGCCACGGCAGGCCGGUGAUGAUCUUCGCACUCACCGGGGUCGCCAUGUGCGGCGUCUUCGCCACCCUCCUCUCCUACCCCAUAGUAAUCCUCAUCCACGCCAUCACCACCGUCGAGCUCAGCGUCUUCGCCUUCAUUAUCUUUCUCACCUUGACCAGCGCCAACACGGCGCCGUUCCUGGUCAUCCGCAUGGUCGCGGACCUAAAUAUCACCACCGCCGACACCGGGCGGCUAGCCGUCCACACCGCCGUGGCCACCAACGUGGUGUGCUCGCUGGCUCUGGUCGUGAUGAUCAGCUUCAGAACGGACUCAACCGGGGCCAAACGGUCUGUGACGAGCGUGAUCGUGAGCGGGCUGGUGAUGGUGGGGGUGGUCUACUUGAACCGCCACCUGGUGCGGUGGCUGAACCAGCAGAACCGGAACCAGAAGUACCUGAAGACGAUGCACCUGCUGUGCGUGCUGACGGUGGUGCUGAGCGUGGCGAUGCUGGCGGAGUACAACGGGUACGACUCGGUGAUAGCAUGCUUUUUGAUGGCGAUGACUUUCCCCAAGGGCGGCAAGACGACUCGGACGCUGUUGCAGAACUUGAGUUCUUUUCAGGAUAUAUUCUCGCUGCCGAUUUUCUUUGCUUACAUGGGGUUCCAGGCGGACAUAUCAUGGCUGGUGCGCAAUCCAAGGAGCCUCGGCAUUGUUUUCAUCACUAUCUGCAUUGGCGUCGGCGGCAAGAUCUGCGGCGCGCUGGCCGCUUGCCGCUACUUGAGGAUUCCGCCCGCGGGCGUCACCAUUGUGCCUUUCUUGCUUAGCUUGACGGGUUACUUCGACAUUGAUCUUCUGGUCACCAGCUUGGGCAUCAACCUCAAGGCUUCCAAGGACAACGACAAUUAUGCGGAAUUAAGUUAUCUGAUGAACAAUUUGGUGGCAACCACAGGGGUAAUAACUGUUGGAAUUGUGGGCCCACUGUUGACUUAUAUAGUGAAAAGAGACAAGUCACUGGUUUACAAGCCCGAGGCCCUAGAAUUUAAAAGUCUAGAGAGUGAGUUGCGAGUGAUAGCUUGUGUGUAUGAUUCACGCCCAGUGUCAACCAUGUUGUGGAUCAUUGGGUCCCAUACCAUGCCUAUCGACCCUAACUUGAUGCACUUGAUUGAGUUCCAACCAAAAACCACCCCUAAUGUGAUGUCCAUCCACCAACGACAGGAGGGUGAGGAGAGUGAUGAUGAGGACUAUGACGAUGAUGAUGUUGUCAAGGUCAACAACGUCUUGGAUGUCUUUGUAGCAGAGACAGGAUUGUGGGUUCAUCAGCUCAAGGCUAUUUCAAAAUUUUCUACGAUGUGCAAAGAUGUGUGUGAAGCGACCGUAGAUUGGCGUGCAUCCUUUUUGCUCCUCCCUUUCCACAAGCACCAACGGAUCAAUCGUGAAAUGAUAAUUGGUAAGGAGGGGAUAAGGACCACCAAUCAGAAGGUGCUCCGCUACGCACCUUGCACCGUUGGAAUCCUGAUUGACCGGGGCCUCUCUGGGCCUCCGCAGGUAUUACCUGAUUCAGAAACGAUACAACAUGUGGCAACCCUAUUCUUCGGUGGACCUGAUGACCGCGAAGCAUUGGCAUACAGCAUUCGCACUUGCAAACAUCCUCAGGUUAAUCUCACAGUAAUUAGGUUUUUGUUGACGUAUACAAAGAAAUUCAAUAAUUGUGACGAUGCAACCAAUGAAGAAGCGCCUUCAAUAAUGAAAAGUUCGAGUCAUGAAGAGGAUGAAAUUGAGAAAGAUGGAGACAACGCCUUCAUCACAAGUUUCUAUGAUAGGUAUGUAACAACAGGCCAGGUUGGGUUCGUAGAGAAAUACGUGAAUAAUGGGAGGGAAACAGCAGAAGCAUUACGAGAUAUGGGGGAUAUGUACUCAUUAUUCAUAGUUGGGAGGGGAGGACGAGGACCCUUGCCUAUGACCAUCGAAAUGAGUGAUUGGGAAGAGUGUCCUGAGCUUGGCACCGUUGGGGAUCUACUAGCCUCUUCAGACUUUGGGAUUAGUGGAUCUGUUUUGGUCAUUCAACAACAUCGACAUUCACCAUAUUCAGACAAUCACUAA